AGCUCUGAAAUUUGCAGACGAAAGUUGAGUAGCGGUCGAGAGUGAGUAUUGAUUAAAUUUGUUACAUUAGAAUUUUCUUACCGAUAAUAGCACUACUCUCAAGUAGUUUAAAUAUAAUUUUGAUAAAGGUCUAUUCGUUUCCUAUCCAUGUACAGCUCACCAUUGGUCAAUUAUCAAAAUGCUGCCAUGCUGCUUCAGAGAGGGAUUAGACAAUGGUAUAUACCGCUGAAGAACAGUUCAGCCCUGUGGCUUGUUCACAUACAGAGGGGAGGAUGCUUCAUCAGCUACAGGCAGGUUCACAUUCCCUCGAGUACACGUUUUCUUGGACAGUCCUACAGCGCUACCUGCUGUGAUCUUGGAACGCAACGCCUGGUUAAUAGGAGGGGACUUCACACAAGCCAGAUUGAGAGUACCUCGGAUGGUCGACAUCCCUCUGCUGGUGUGAACGCAUCCUCACGUGGAGCUGGGGAUGGGCAGAGAGCCAAGGCGGAGAAACGGAGGAGGCGGAAGGAGAGGAUCGAUGAGAUCCAGAUAGAUGGAGAGAAGGCUCCCGGGAGCAGGAGACAGGGCCUGAAGAGCUGGAGCAAGAAGGAGAUCGUCACCUAUGAUAUACCCACUCCUCCAGGAGAAAAGAAAGAUGUGUCUCUGGACCUUCCUCGAUCCUACAGUCCCAGGUACGUGGAAGCGUGUUGGUAUGAGUGGUGGGAAAGGAUGGGAUUCUUCAAACCAGAAUCUUUGGCAAGGUGGAGGAAAGUGGAGAAAGAGAAUGAACCAUUUGUGAUGUGCCUCCCUCCACCCAACGUUACUGGUGUCCUACAUCUUGGCCACACCCUAACGGCUACCAUACAAGACAGUCUCAUCAGAUGGAAGAGAAUGGUGGGUGUUCCUUCCUUAUGGAUACCGGGUUGUGACCAUGCAGGCAUCGCAACACAGGUGGUAGUAGAGAAACAACUACAGCAUGAGAAAGGGAUCACCAGACAUGACAUUGGCCGGGAGGAGUUUCUCAAAGAAGUCUGGAAGUGGAAGGAAGAGAAAGGAGGGCAGAUCUACCUACAGCUGAAGCAACUAGGGUCAUCUUUGGACUGGGAUCGAGAGAACUUCACCAUGGAUCAAAAAUUCUCCCAUGCAGUACGGGAAGCCUUUGUCCGUCUUCAUGAUGAGGGCACCAUCUAUCGGUCAAGUCAGCUUGUCAACUGGUCCUGUACUCUCAACUCUGCUAUCUCUGACAUUGAGGUUGAUCAAAUGUCGCUUCCUGGUCGUUCAUUGGUCAAGGUUCCAGGUUAUUCUGAUCCCGUGGAGUUUGGUGUUCUCACCUACUUUGCUUAUCCCAUGGAAGGCUCGCCAGAUGCUGAUAUAGUUGUAGCUACCACUCGCCCAGAGACGAUGCUUGGUGAUACUGGGAUAGCAGUCCAUCCCCAUGACGACAGGUACGGCCAUCUGAUUGGUCGGUCAGCUGUCCAUCCUUUUACUGGACGGAGGUUAAAGGUCAUCGCUGAUGAGGCAGUGGACAUGGCGUACGGCACAGGUGCCGUGAAAAUCACUCCAUCCCAUGAUUACAAUGACUGUGAGAUGGGACGUAAACAUGACCUUGACUUUGUCAAUGUCAUUGAUGAGGAAGGGAAUAUCAUUGCUGAGGGAACUGAGUUUCAGGGAAUGAAGCGUUUUAUUGCCCGUCAAGCUGUCAUUCAGGCACUGAAAGACAGAGGCUUGUACAGGAGAACAGAAGACAACCCAAUGUCUCUUCCAAUUUGUAGUCGGUCUGGUGACAUAGUUGAGCCACUUCUCAAAUCUCAAUGGUUUGUGAAAUGUUCUGAGAUGGGCCGACAAGCCCUGAGAUCGGUUGAGACUGGUGAACUUGAGAUCUUACCCCCUAGCUACCGGAAAACAUGGGACCAUUGGCUCUCAAAUAUCAGAGAUUGGUGUAUAUCUAGGCAGCUUUGGUGGGGUCAUCGUAUUCCUGCAUACCACGUUGAAAUACAAGGUACUACUGAUCCAGCAUCAUUGAAGGAUAGUGAUUCAUGGGUAAGCGGUCACAGUGAGGAAGAAGCUAGAGAUAAAGCAAGCAGAAAAUUUGGAGUAGAUGGUUGUCAUAUCACACUUGCACAAGAUGAGGAUGUCCUUGAUACCUGGUUCUCGUCUGCUCUCUUCCCAUUUGCUGUACACGGAUGGCCUCAUAAGACCCCCGAUCUUGAAACAUACUACCCCAGCACUGUUUUAGAGACAGGAUACGAUAUUCUCUUCUUCUGGGUGGCUAGGAUGGUUAUGAUGGGCCAACAACUGACUGGACAACUUCCAUUCAAGAAGGUAUACCUUCAUUCUAUGGUGAGAGAUGCCCAUGGACGAAAGAUGAGCAAAUCUCUUGGAAAUGUGAUUGAUCCACUUGAUGUCAUCCAUGGAGUCUCCCUUGAGCAACUGCAAUCAAGACUUCUCCAUGGCAACCUCAAGCUUGACCCCAAAGAACUGAAGGUCGCCUUGAAAGGUCAGAGGUCAGAUUUCCCACAAGGCAUCCCAGAGUGCGGAACAGACGCCCUGAGGUUUGCACUCGCCUCUUACAACUCACAAGGUCAAGAUAUCAACUUGAAUGUGGAUCAAGUGUUGGAGUACAGACAUUUCUGUAACAAGAUAUGGAAUGCUUCCAGGUAUGCUCUGUCAGCUUUCGGAAACGAUUUCAGCCCACGGCCCGUCAAUGAGGUUUUACAUUCCACUAAUCAAGUAGAUCUCUGGAUCCUCCACAAAUUGGUGACAACUGUCCAGGCCUGCCAUAAAGGGUUCAAUGACGUAGAUCUUCCCAUGGUGACAACCGCCCUCUAUAGGCUAUGGGUGCACAACCUUUGUGAUGUUUACUUGGAGUGCAUCAAAGAACAUCUCAGAGAGUGCUCCGCAGAUGAACGCACUGCAACACUGAAUGUCCUGCACUCAGUGCUAGAUGGCGCUCUCCGCCUAAUCCAUCCCAUCAUGCCUUUCCUGACUGAAGAGAUGUUUCAGAGGUUGCCAAGGCAACAGAGUUACGAGUAUCCCAGUAUCUGUGUAGCUCCGUACCCCACCCUACAAGAGUUCCCAUUCAUGAAUGAGGUGGUCGAAGAGCAAGUUGAGGUCAUGCUGGAAGUAGUUCAUGCAGUCAGGUCACUGGAAGGAAUGCUGGGAUUGAAGAGGGGGCAGUCUAAUGUUGGUGUUGCAUGUCAGGAUGAGGGAGUGUUCUCAAUUCUCAGCAGACUGCAUCAGCCACUUGCCACACUCACUAGGUCAUCUCAUGUAGAAAUCACCUCCACUGAGGCCCCUCCCCCUGGAAGUGCCACCCUGGCCAUUGGAAGCAAAUGUACAGCUUAUCUCCAUCUUCAGGAAGCCUCGAGCUCUGCUGCAGUAGAUCGUUUACAAGCCAGGAAGGUGAAGGCCGAGAAGCAGCUGAGUAAGCUGAUGACUGCCAUGUCAAUCCCACUCUAUGAACAAAAAGUCCCAGAUCAUAUACAGCUAAACAAUAGAAAUAAGGUUGAGGAGCUUGAGGCUGAACUGAAGUCAUACAAGAAUCUUUUAGCAUCCCUCCAGACCAUUGCCAGAUGACGGUGAAAAUUAUUUGGUGUUCGAGGUGGAAUAUGUGAUCAUGCGGUGUAAAAAACACCUUUUACUUAACGGGCGCAGAACCUAUUAAUCCACAGUCUAGCACUGCAAUAAACACCCUUUCUUCGGACACAGACCCUAACUGUGGCUUUAAUCCACUUCAAGAGUCUUGAAAGAAGCCUAGCACUGCAACAAAGACAUAUUAUUUUGCCAAAAUAGACCCUAAUUGAUGCUUUGAUCCACCUCAUAAGUCUUGAAAGGUGUCUAGUACUGCAACAAACUGGAAUAGUGGCGUUCGCCUAUAAUCCAAGCUAUGUGGGAAAGUUUUGAUGGAGAGGUUUUUAAAAUUAUGAGUUCUACGCUGCAGAGUAAACUGCAGGAAAAUAUAUUUGAUCAUAAAUAUAUGGUACAGUACAUAAUUGUUCGAAAAUUGUUUUUAUUGCAUAUCAUUGAUUGCAUAAGCAGUGAUAAUAAAUUUACAAUUCUUAUGAAGUGCAACAAAAUCAUGUUUAAUUGAGCUCAAGACGUCGACACAAGAAAAUGGAAUUACAUGUGUAUACAUUAAAGCUAACAUGAUAAAUAUGGUUUUAUGGUAUCAAGAUUUGUUAUUCAUUUGCUGGAAUUGUUCCUCUAAUGGGUACAAUCAAUUCUAAGUUAUAUAAUAAGUUUUAGUUUAUUUCAGCUAUUUGUUAGCUUUCCUCUGUACAGAUUUCAGCUAUUUCACCAGUUUUCAGCUUUUUCAGCUCUCUUUUUUCUUCAAUAAUCACUCACACCCCGAUUUUAAGAAAUAAAGAUGACAUUUUCAGCAAUCGUCAUGAAAUCUUUCCCAAGCAGCUUUAUUUUAAAGCCACAUCUAACAUCUUUAUGGUAUUAAUGAUUUUGUUCUUUGUUUGUUUUCUUUAAAAAAAAAAUUAUCAUGGAAUAAAAAUGCU